AUGAGUACAGCAACCCCAAAGGAAAACGCCCCGCAACCGCAGCGGCAGCCUCCAACGCCUCAAUACAGCGAAGAUGAUGAUUACGACUACGACUCCUUCUCCGACGACGACGGCUAUUAUGGAGAAGAAAACGUGGCCACAGGAAAGAACCAGCUUCAGCAGCAAACCCAGCAGCAAACCCAGCAGCAAACACAACAACCACCGCAACAACAACAACAACAACACCAGCGAAAAAGACCCAUGAAAACCUCCUCCAAACACUCAGCGGACACGGCGAUGCAGCCGUUUGAAUACAUCGGACCCCCAGAGACGUCCAUGGACGGGCCUGUCACCUAUGCCCGUGCCCAACGGGGAGAGAUUCCCAUGCGGCCUGGAAACCCGAACCAGAGGCUCAAGACUGCCGAGAAGCCGAAGGAGGAGGAACAGGAUGGCCUGAGAUUGAAGCUGGAGAUCAACUUGGAUGUAGAGGUGGAAUUGAAGGCGGUCAUACAUGGCGACUUGACCUUGGCUCUCUUGGCAUGGCCUUUUCGACAAGCGAGAGUCUGGGCACUGUGCGAAAUUCAUCCUCGACGGAACGAACGACGAGACGGCGAACGACAACGACAACGACAACGACGACAACAACGACAACAACAACAACAACAACAACAACGACAACAACGACACGCUUCUCCCUGCACCCAACUCUCCACCGCCGACCACCCCGUGACAUUUUCGGUCAAGGAGUACACGGUACGAGCCGCAAUCAUGGGUAUCUCACGAGAUUCCCGUCACAAGCGUUCGGCCACCGGUGCGAAAAGAGCUCAUUAUCGCAAGAAGAGAGCCUUCGAGAAGGGUCGCCAACCAGCCAACACCCGUAUUGGACCCAAGAGAAUCCAUCUCGUUCGUACCCGUGGCGGCAACCAGAAAUUCCGUGCCCUCCGUCUCGAAUCCGGUAACUUCUCCUGGGGCUCUGAGGGAAUCUCCCGCAAAGUCCGUGUGAUCGUUGUCUCCUACCAUCCCUCAAACAACGAACUCGUCCGCACCAACACCCUCACCAAAUCCGCCGUUGUCCAAGUUGACGCUGCCCCAUUCCGACAAUGGUACGAGGCCCAUUACGGCCAGACCCUUGGCCGAAGACGCCAGCAAAAGCUCGGCACGGAAAACACCGAGGAGAAGAAGAGCAAGAGCGUUGAGAAGAAGCAGGCUGUGAGAUUUGCCGCCCAAGGAAAGGUUGACCCAGCUCUUGAGAAGCAAUUCGAGGCCGGUCGGCUGUAUGCCGUGAUUUCCUCGCGGCCGGGCCAGAGUGGUCGUGUUGACGGAUAUAUCCUGGAAGGGGAGGAGCUGGCGUUCUACCAGCGUGCGAUCAGGAAGUAG